AUGGAUGAGUUAAAAAUUUCACCUUCUCAGAUUCUAUUUGAGUUUGCGAAAGAAGCCAGUGAUACAGGGCUUUGCUACGGUCUCGGUAGAUCUGAACCAUAUGUACCAUUUUUAUUUAAAUCAAAUUCUUUUUUCUCAUAUGAUUGGUCUCCUUCGAUAGAUGGCAUUAGAAUCAAUCCGAAGCAAAAACGCAAGAUAAGUCGACUAUUAAACAAUGUUUCAAAUGAUUAUUAUCAAUCUUCGAUGAGUUUCAUUUGUUCAGUAGCAGAAUCAUACAUUUUUCGAGCAUCACUUGAUGAAUGGGAGUGUAAUAUCUGUCAUGCAAGGUUUCAGCAAGAAGAUGGAAUACAACACGUUUGUGAUUGUCAUCCAGCGAUAUUUGCUGACUCUUUACAGAAGCAUAUUGAUAUAAUUAGCAAUGAAAACGAUAGUAUAAACAAUAUGACUACUAAAUUACAGUUUGAUGCCACUGCAGUUCAACCUUCAACUCCAUUUGAGCCUGUUCUUCAGCAGAGGAUGCAAAUCAAAGCGCCAUAUUUAUCAGAAGACGAUAUAUCAUUCGAUGAAGAGGAAGAUUCAGACGAUCUCGAUUUUAGAGAACAUUUAGAUUCUCAAUUUCCGCAAUUCAGCAAUGCAGAUUACCCGAUUGAUAUGCCAAUACCACCUGUUAUAUCGAAUGUAUUACGAUCUCCUUCAAUUGAUGUUCGCCAGUGCGUUACAAAGACUAGAUUACUUAAUUAUGACCAAGAAGAUAUGAAUAGAGCUGAUACAUUAUUAAAACCAUUAAUAGACUUAAUAUCAUCACCAUUCCAACCUCAAUCAUCUACAGAAAAUCAAUCAAAAAAUUCAUCCAAACAACAACCGAAGAAAACUCAACAACAAGCAUCACCUCAAAUUACUCAAUCACAACCAAUACAACCACAAGCCCAACAACAGCAAAAUUCUCAAAAUUCCCAGCCAAUACAGCCAAAUCUUCCUCAAAACGUCCCAACUACUUCGAAAUCAGAACCUAUACGACCUGCAGAUACUAAAGAUACCAAAGAACCUCCGAAAACUCCUAAAUCUUCUAUCCAUGAUCUUACUCCUGACGAAAUGAAGGAAUUUGAAGGCCUUGACCAUCCAAAGAAGUCCAAGAAACCGUCACCUCCCAAGACAAUUUCAUUUAUUGAGACCAUUCCAGAAGAUAUCCAAAAUGAAGCUAUUGAAUCAGUUGUUGAGCUUCUUCUGAACAACUACGUGGAGUCCAAUGCCAUGCAUAUCAUCAAACCAACGCUUUCCAACAGAAAGAAAGAGAUGGCUAAGCGUGCAAAGGAAGAAAAAGAAUUAAAAAAGAGACAAGAGGACCAAAAAAGGAAACAAGCGUUCCAACAGAAGAGACAAGAGUGCCUGGAUAAAAUGGCAAGCUGCGUGAGUAUCCCUUUGAUAAGAAGUUUCGUUCUUUCGGAGAUAGAAAAUAUUUUCGAAGAUGAGAAGAAGAAAUUAAUUGCAGAAGCAGAAAAAGAGACAACAGAGUUAACACAAAUGGGUAAUCUUCCACCGCCAAUCCUUGUAUCAGGCCUUUUGUCCUAUAGUUCAAAUAAAAUUUCGGAUAUAAUUCAAUUGUUCUCAAAUUGCGAAUUCGUCAAGGAUGAAGAGAAUAAUCCGAAAAUUAGGUUCAGACUCGUUGGAAAUAGAAUGGAUGUGCUUGUUUAUCUGCAAAAUAAGGCUGAUGUCAAAAAAAUGUUGGAAAUGACGAAUCCUAUGAUGGUCAACUGUCAACAGGUAUCAUUAUCUGUCGAACACAGACAGCCAGAAAUGCCAGAAAUCUUCAAAUGUUAUACUGGCCAGGAAAUGGUCAUUUUGUCAAAGAAUAUCGAUCUUUCUAAUGUUAAAUAUGAUAUGUAUGCAAUGACUUCUGGAAUGUGCGCUCCAGAAUACCAAAUUAAAGAUCCGGAAUAA